CCACACCAGUUUCCUUCUCUGCUUAAUCUCAAUAAUUGUGUUUAUUCCAGGUACUUAAUAGCUAAAUCCUAAAUCUUUACAUGUCUUUACUGCUGGAAGUGGUUGUGAUAACAACAUAGGGUCAAUACAACAAGAGAGUUAUUAUGAAUUAUCAUAUCAAGAGAUAGUCACAAGAAUACAUACACUUGCACAGAGAUAUCCCCAACUGCUGACCGUUGAAUCAGUCCAUUCGAAGUAUGAUGUCCCACAUCAGUACGGAACUUGAGGCAAUAGAAACUGAUUAAUCAUAAUGGCGAACUUAACAGAUUCUAAUUUUGUGAAUAAGAACAAGCCACAGGUCUACUUCAGUGGGACUGUGCAUGGAAAUGAGAGACUUGGAGCCAAUGUGGCAACCUACUUAAUCGAAUAUCUUGUUACUAAUUAUGGCACAGACCCUUUUGUCACACAAUUAUUGAGGGAAAGAGAGCUUUUAAUCACACCCUUUGUUAAUCCACAAGGGUACUAUGCAAAUAGAAGAGAAGAACUCACAGAUAUAGGCCAAUAUUAUGACAUAAACAGAGAUUUUCCUUAUAAUAGACAAGAUGGAGACACACGAUGCCUCUCCACAGUUGGAGCAAGAGCUACAGUACAAAUUUUCAGGAAUAAUUUCAUUGUUGGGGCUCUCACAUUUCAUGCAGGAAUGGAAAUCAUUGGUUAUCCUUGGGGAUCAUUUAAUCAUAUUUCAGUAUCAGAAUCAAAUGAGAUCACAGCUACUGAAACUCCUGAUAACCAGAUGUUUGCAAGAAUAGGAGGAGCUCUACAGGAUCAAGUUCAUUCAUCUCGCUUCAAAGAUAUUCCUAGUGGAGAAAUGACUGAUCUCAUAUAUCCAUGCUAUGGAUCUCUUGACGAUUGGGCAUAUGGUUCAAGUUGGGACACCUCUCAGAACAGUAGAGUUUUUGAAUGAAGUCCACUUACUUAUCCGCCUUUUAGAAAUGAGGACUACUUCACAGAUGUCGAUUAUAUUAGAACUUCUUUGUACAUUGUUGAAGCUUCUGACAAUAAAGAUCCUCCAAGUAGUGAAUUUGGAAGCAGAGGAGAUAUUUUUUGUCAUGACUGAAACUCAGAUGGGUGGAUCCCAAGACAUUUAAGGCUAUCUCUUUCAUACUUUGAUCUUAUUCAGCCAUACCCUGUGUAUGAUUUUCCUGAAUACUUCACUGAUUAUGAAAGUAUUCUCCUAACUUGGAGACUUAACGGAUGAUUAACGAUCAAUUAUAUGGCUAUUGAAUAUCUUCUUCCAGGUGCUUCUUCGUACCACAGAGAACCUAUUCUUCAAAAUGGGUUAGGGUACUGAAAUUGGCAGAACGAGCAAACAGUCUUUGAAUAUGAUCUUCCUGUAGAAGUUCCAAUGAACUCUGAAAUUGAAAUUCUGUUCCGAAUCAUCUUUAGAGCUGACCAAGACUUUGCUAAUCAGGAGCACCCAGAUCCUGAUAUGAGCCAAGUCACCUACAUUAAUAACCUCAGAUUGGUUGAGAAUUAUUCCGAAGAAGUCCAUGGAAGGACUAUUAGUAAUGUACCUAGACUCUAUUCAGUAAUCGUAAGAAGGACAGGAAGUGGAAAUAAUGUAAAUUUUGCUGAGAUCGACCCUGAAACUAACCGCUAUAUAAACCAAUUCAGUGAGUAAAUAUUCAAUAUUA